CCCCGGUGGCGGCCCGUCGCGUCGCGCUGCGGACCCGUCGGAGCGACGCCGCGCUCAGUCGGCAGCCCUAGAGGGAAGAUGGACGCAGCUACUCUGACCUACGACACCCUCCGAUUUGCCGAGUUUGAAGACUUCCCCGAGACCUCGGAACCUGUUUGGAUCCUGGGCAGAAAGUACAGCAUCUUCACAGAAAAGGACGAGAUCUUGGCUGAUGUGGCGUCAAGACUGUGGUUUACGUACAGGAAGAACUUCCCGGCCAUUGGGGGGACGGGCCCCACCUCGGACACAGGCUGGGGCUGCAUGCUGCGCUGCGGCCAGAUGAUCUUCGCCCAGGCCCUGCUGUGCAGACACCUGGGCCGAGGUUGGAGGUGGACGCAGUGGGAGAGGCAGCCGGACAGCUACUUCAGUGUCCUGCACGCGUUCAUGGACAGGAAGGACAGCUACUACUCCAUCCACCAGAUAGCGCAAAUGGGAGUCGGCGAGGGCAAGUCUAUCGGCCAGUGGUACGGGCCCAACACCGUCGCCCAGGUUCUCAAGAAGCUUGCCGCCUUCGACACCUGGAGCGCCUUGGCCGUGCACGUCGCCAUGGACAACACGGUGGUGAUGGAGGAGAUCAGAAGACUGUGCAGGAGCAGCCUUCCUCGUGCGGGGGCUGCAGCCUUUCCCGCAGAUUCCGACCGGCACUGCAACGGCUUUCCUGCCGAGGCCGAGGUCGGCCCCAGGCCGGCGCCCUGGAGACCCCUGGUGCUGCUCAUCCCGCUCCGCUUGGGGCUCACAGACAUCAACGCAGCCUACACAGAGACCCUGAAGCACUGUUUCAUGAUGCCCCAGUCUCUGGGGGUGAUCGGAGGGAAGCCCAACAGCGCCCACUACUUCAUCGGCUACGUCGGUGAGGAGCUCAUCUAUCUGGACCCCCACACCACGCAGCCGGCCGUGCAGGUUACUGACAGCUGCCUGAUCCCGGACGAGAGCUUCCACUGCCAGCACCCGCCCCACAGGAUGAGCAUCGCAGAGCUUGACCCGUCCAUCGCCGUGGGCUUUUUCUGUCAGACUGAGGAAGACUUUAACGACUGGUGCCAGCAGGUCAGAAAGCUAUCCCUGCUCGGAGGUGCCCUGCCCAUGUUUGAACUGGUGGAGCAGCAACCUUCCCACCUGGCCUGCCCAGACGUCCUCAACCUGUCCUUAGAUUCUUCUGACGUGGAGCGACUGGAAAGAUUCUUUGACUCAGAAGAUGAAGACUUUGAAAUCUUGUCCCUUUGAAAAUGUGGCAGUUGGGGACAGUCCCACUGGCCCUGCCGGGCGCCUUCAGAGCCCAGCCCCGCCUCGGGGUGCGGCCACCACAUCCCGUCGGCCCGGACAGAGCCCGCGCUGCUGGAGGUCUGACCAGGAGCAGGGCUGUGCACCCACGAGGGGCCGCCGGCAGGAGCUCCAGCGCGGGCCCCGGCCUCUUGCCACGCGGCCAGCCCUGCGCCAGCGCGCCUCCGCCCUGCUUCCUCCUGGGCGCCAGCCUGGGUUUGCUUUGGAAUUAAAGUCCUGUUUGAAGUUCCGUGACGGACAUGAAUUUCUGCGGGGCGAGUCCCCGGCCAGGCUCAGAAGAUGCGUGGAACGCUGGCCUUGCCACGGUGAAGCCCCGGCGGGCGCCUCCUGGCUUUGGGAGGAGAGGAGCGGGGCGCCGAAGGCCAAAGAUGUGCCCAAGCACGAGACACGGGACGGCGCUGGCCUGGAGCCGCAGGUGAGGCCCAUGUGCUGCUUGCUCCUCGCCCCGGCUUGCAGGCUGGGGCUCCUGCCACCCCGUCCUCAGAACCGCCUGCUGCUGGCAAGGUUUCACCCGAGGGUCGGGUGGUUUGGGGCCAGAGGGCAAAGCUGAGCUGUGUGUGGGCCGGGCCACUGCUCCCACUCGGGUGCUUCUUGGCACCGGGAACCCAGCCCCCACGCAGGCUCGCAUAAAGGGAAGCACAUACCGGGCUCCGGGGAGGUGGUGGCCUUCCCUGUAGAGGGACCGCAGCCCCCCGGGGCUGCCCACAGAAGUUACUUCCCCCGGCUCCGCCCGCCCCUCGUCCCUCGGGGAGUUGGGUCAGGGAGGUGGCCUGGGACACUCUCAUUCCUUCCGCUGCGCCACCGCCGCUGGUGGGGCGGGGUCUCACUGCAGCUCCUGCUGGUGCAAGUGGGUGACGUGGACCAGAGGGCUGUCUCGUGUGUUGGAAGCGGCUCGCUGAAGAGCGUUCGUCCUUAGUCGUGUAGUUUGCAAUUCUUAACAGCAAAUAACAAGUUUCAAUAGAAAACAAA